AUGACUUCUGUGGCUCUCCCUCUGUCACCGUCAACCCCCGUUGGCGGUGGCCGUCGCCGCGUUUCCGGCUUGACCAUCACGACUGACUUCCCAAUGUCUAGCUUCCCAGAUUACGUGGAUCCGUUCACUUCGUCGGACGAGACCAUGACAAAUUCACCGAUCACGGGCGUUGCGAACCGCCUCGUUGAGAAGGUCAAGGGCGAAGAGCCUGGCAGGCAUCCCUCUCCCCAGCCUACCCAUGUCAGCUAUGGGUCCCUUUCCAAGGUCAAUGGCAACGGCCACAGAGUCCUGCGCUCGGCCACCGUUGGCUAUGUUGCGCCUGAGUUCACGGGCAAGAAAGAGCAGAUGCAGCGAGUCAAGGAGUUCAUCUCGACCUCCGGAUGGAUCCCUGGGUCGCUAGUGGACGCUCAGGUUGAGUGGUUCUACAACGAGCUCGGUAUCGACGACGUUUACUUCCAAGCCGAGAAUCCCGAAGUCAUUGCUAAGCACAUCACGUCCCUGUACGCCGCCAAGAUCGCCGCGUUUUCGCGGGAGGACAAGCGGGAAGAGAUCCGUCUGGACAUGGAAGCCUCGGAUCAUGCCAUCUACAUCGACACCAGCGAGCCCGGCAAGACCAGUAUCAACGGCCCACAAUACGAGCAUCGUCUCGAGUCCAAGUACUUGGAUGACAACGACAACACACUAAAACGCUUCCGCGUCGAGACCUUCCGGUCCCCCAGUAGUAUGGGGCAUUCGGACUUCAAGGCGACUCUGCGUUGCUACUUCGUCUACCAGUGCCAGUUCGUUGAGCCGAACGCGGACCCCAAGGAGACUCGCCUGGAAGUUAUCAGCGACCGCAUGUUCCUUGCCAAGGCGACCAAGAACACCAAGCAGAUUUACCAGGAGAUUAUCGAAGCAUCUGUCAGUAGGACUGGCCCGGUGAUCGAGGUCUUCGACAUUGAGGACUCCCAGGAGAAGCGCUUGGUUGUCGCCUUCCGCUCGAGGACGGCGCGUGGGCUGUUCAGCGCUCUUAGCGACCUGUACCACUACUACGGCGUUACUAGCUCCCGGAAGUAUGUCGAGCAGUUCUCCAACGGCAUCACCGUCAUGAGCAUCUACUUGCGCCCCGCGCCCAAUGUCGACUCCAAGUACCCGCCCCUCGAGGAGUCGAUCCACCAGAUCACCCAGGAGGUCUCGCUCCUGUACUGCAUGCCCCAGACCAAACUGCACUCCCUGUUUGCCUCCGGUGAGCUCAGCUUACAGGAGACCUCGUAUGCGCACUGCGUGUGGGUGUUUGUGCAGCACUUCCUGAACCGCCUGGGUUCUGAGUACGCGUCGCUCGUGGCUACCUUGGAUCCCAACAACAACAGCCAUGCCGAGAUCCUGUCGAGAAUGAAGAAGCGUCUGCGCACCGAGACCUUCACGCCCGAUUACAUUCUGGAGAUUAUCCUCUCCCACCCUCAGCUCAUCCGCGCCCUGUACGCUUCGUUCGCGAGCGUCCACAUGAAAGUUGGGCCAGAAUUCAACCGCCAGUCCAUCGCUCCCACCCCGGCCACCGAGGUCCUCUCCGACGCUAAGCUUAAGGACAAGAUCACGAGAGACGUUUCCAACGAGCAUGAGGAGAUGGUCAUGACCUCCUUCCGCGUCUUCAACAACGCCGUUCUGAAGACGAACUACUUCACCCCGACCAAGGUUGCCUUGAGCUUCCGGCUUAACCCCUCGUUUCUCCCCCCGAUCGAGUACCCGACACCAUUGUAUGGCAUGUUCCUUGUCAUCACAUCCGAGUCCCGCGGUUUCCACCUGCGGUUUAAGGAGGUCGCGCGGGGCGGUAUCCGCAUUGUCAAGUCGCGUAGCAAGGAGGCUUACUCGAUCAAUGCCCGCAACCUGUUCGAUGAGAACUAUGCUCUUGCCAGCACGCAGCAACGCAAGAACAAGGAUAUUCCCGAAGGCGGCUCCAAGGGCGUAAUCUUGCUUGAUCCUAAGCAGCAAGACAAGGCCCGCGAAGCGUUCGAGAAGUACAUCGACAGCAUUCUGGACUUGUUGCUCAAGGCCGAGACGCCAGGCAUCAAGAACCCGAUCGUCGAUCUCUACGGCAAACAAGAGAUCGUCUUCAUGGGGCCGGACGAGAACACGGCCGACCUUGUCGAUUGGGCGACCGUCCAUGCCCGCAACCGUGGUGCUCCUUGGUGGAAGUCUUUCUUCACUGGCAAGUCGCCCAAGCUGGGCGGUAUCCCCCACGACGCAUACGGUAUGACCACCCUUUCGGUGCGGGAGUAUGUCAAGGGCAUCUACCGUAAACUUGAACUUGACCCUUCCACUGUCAAGAAGAUGCAAACUGGUGGUCCCGACGGCGACCUUGGCAGCAAUGAGAUCCUUCUCAGCAAUGAGAAAUACACGUCGAUCGUGGAUGGGUCAGGCGUCUUGGUUGACCCCAACGGCAUCGACAAGGACGAAUUGCGCCGUCUUGCCAAGAAGCGCCAGAUGAUCGUCCACUUUGACUUGUCUAAGCUGUCGAAGGACGGAUAUCGGGUGCUGUGCGACGACAUGAACCUCACUCUCCCCACCGGCGAGGUAGUCAACAAUGGCACAGCCUUCCGCAACACCUUCCAUCUUCGGGAUGGUGGCCUCACCGACAUGUUCGUGCCGUGCGGCGGACGCCCCGAGUCGAUCGAUCUGGUCUCGGUGAACAAGAUCAUCAGGGACGGCAAGUCGACCAUCCCGUACAUCGUCGAGGGCGCCAACCUCUUUAUUACGCAAGACGCGAAGCUCCGUCUCGAGGAGGCCGGCUGCGUUGUCUACAAGGACGCCAGUGCCAACAAGGGUGGUGUCACGAGCUCCUCGCUCGAGGUCCUUGCGUCGCUCAGCUUCGACGAUGCGGGCUUCGUGGAAAACAUGUGCCACGACGCUCGGGGUAAUGCGCCGGCCUUCUACCAGGCCUACGUCAAGUCGGUGCAAGAGAAGAUCCAGGAGAACGCGCGUCUUGAGUUCGAGGCCAUCUGGCGGGAGCACGAGCAGACAGGCAUCGCCCGCUCGAUCCUGUCCGACAAGCUGUCGACUGCCAUCACCACGCUCGAUGAGCAGCUACAGCACUCGGACUUGUGGGAGACUGAGAACCUCCGUCGUUCUGUGCUGGCUGACGCCCUGCCCAACCUGCUGAUUGACAAGAUUGGCCUCAACACCAUCAUUGAGCGCGUGCCGGACUCCUAUCUGCGGGCCAUCUUUGGCAGCUACCUGGCCAGCCGGUUCGUGUAUGAGUGUGGCAGCUCGCCAAGCCAAUUUGCGUUUUACGACUUCAUGUCCAAGCGGAUGGCGAAGAUCAACACCAAUGGCGCUUGA